AUGCUACAUAUCUGCGGCGACGAUUUUAAGCACAUUUUUGGCGAGCCGCAUGUCGCCAAAGAUAAUCUUGAGCUCUUUGACUAUUUCACCCGAGAAUACAAAACUAUCACUACGAAGCUUCUCGCCCAACUUUCCGAUGUGUUUAAUCUAGCCUGGGUACUUAUCUCUGCCUUGUUUGAUGAAGAAAUACUUGUGACCCCAUUCACCUCUGGAUUUCGACUUCUAUCCUACAAGGAUGCUACCGGGGCAGAAAAAUGCGGGUCACGAAUAUAUUAUCCUCCUCUUUCAUCGGAUACCUCUACAUCUAUCGCCUUCCUCGGCCCGGUAAAUUUAGUCAUCCAGCCCAUUUCAAUAGUUGCCCAGUAUGUUCGGAGUGGCCAACAUCAAUAUUUCGUCAUCAACGCUUCGAACUUCAUGCGUACGAUGGGAAACAGGCUCCAGUGGUAA